AUGAACCCUUAUAUGCUGCAGCAGAUGAUGAGCACUAUGGCGGAAUGGUCGGAUUGGUCAGAUUGGUCAGACUGGUCGGACUGGACUGCGAAGGGCAAAGGCAAAGGAGCUCUGGGCGGGCCCAAGGCUGUCCCGCCCAAGAUGCAGAUCCCCGUGGCGGCGGCGGCGCCGGUGAUCACCCCGGCGAAGCUCCAGAUUCGGCCCAAGGCGCUGGGCUCGAUGGGCCCUAUGGGCCCUAUGGGCCCUAGGCCUGGAGGCCCACCGGCCAAGGAGAGCUUGUUGCUGGCCACCGCCAAGCCCAAGCCGGGGCCCGCAGCGGGGCACGUCGCCAGUUCCGAGGACUGGGGAAGCAACGACUGGGGCGGCGACUGGGGAAGCAACGACUGGGGCUGGGGUGGGAACUGGAGCGGGCAGAAGGACUGGAGCGAUUGGCAGGACGGCUGGCAGGAUUGGGAUGCGCAAGGAUCCAAAGGAUCCAAGGGGAAAGGCAAGUCCGGCAAAGACGGGGGCAAGGACGGGGGCAAAGACGGUGGCAAGGAUUUCGGCAAGGACGGCGGCAAGGACGACAAGGGCUUCGGCAAGGGCCGCGAGCGGCGUCGGCGGGGCAGAGGGAAAGGCAGCGAUUUGGAGGUGGUGGUGAAAGGCCUGCCGGGAAACACGGACGAGAACAAGAUCAAGGAGAGCUGA